UACCUUCAUCUCAAUCUGGUAGAUAAUCUAAAUUCAUAGAAAUAGACUAGGUAGACUACCGGUAUGGAAAAUUAUGAGCUUGUAACGAAUAUUGGUAAAGGAUCAAGUGGUUACGUUUUUCUUGCAAAAAGUUUGAAGACGAAGAAAUUAACUGCAAUCAAAAAGAUUGAAAUUGAUGAAAAUCGCAGGUCAAGAUGCAAAAAAUCAGUAGUACUUGAAGCAUCGAUACUGCGACGCCUCGUCCAUCCACAUAUUGUUGAAUGUGAGGAAUGGUUUUUGGAUAAUGAGAAAAAAAUGAUGAACAUUGUACUUGAAUACUGUGAUGGAGGAACAAUGCAGGAUAUGGUGAAACAAGCAAACAUCAAAAAUUCUUAUUUUCCAGAAAACAAGGUACUAAAGUGGAUGGCACAGAUAGUAUCUGCGGUUUCAUACAUGCAUAGUAAGAAGAUUUUGCAUAGAGAUUUGAAGACUGAGAAUGUUUUCAUUGUGAAGCCAGAUAUUGCGAAACUGGGAGAUUUUGGAAUAUCUAAGGAGUUCGACCACACAUUGGACUUGGCUCAAACAUGUGUUGGAACACCUUGUUACUUGAGUCCAGAACUUUGCCAGGAUAUCCCAUACAAUUCAAAGUCUGAUGUUUGGGCACUCGGUUGCUUGCUUUUUGAAAUGGCUGCUCUCAAACCAGCGUUCGAUGCAGCCAAUCUUGUCAGCUUAUUUUAUAAAAUUGUAAAAGGAGAUUUUACAUCACUGCCCAAACAUAGCUCACAGGAUAUGCACGAAUUGAUUGCACUAAUCUUGCAAAAGGACCCUGAAAAUAGGCCAACCGCAUCAAAACUUUUACAACAUAAAGCAUUAUCAUGCUAUGCAGAAAAAUUUUGUAUUCUACGAAAAAAAUAAACAACCGAAGUGUAGAACAAUAUCCACAAGUAAGGAAGUCAGACAUUGACAUUGAAUUCAUUCAAAGCUCAACCUUAUUAACAAAUGCUGAUGUGGAGAGAAGAAUGAGCCCUGGGCCUUCUUAUGCCUAUAAUAUGUUUCUAUCUGGUAUAAAUUCGAAACCAAUGCUUGAGUCCAAAGAUAAUUCCACACAGUUUUCUGAUCUAGUAAAUAGGUCAAAUUCUGUGUUGGGAACCAAUUCAAAGAACAAACAAAACUCAACUGUUCCAAAGAUAUUUGAUUAUGAAGCAAACCAGUCCGGAUCUCCGAUACCUCAAGAAGUUGAAACAGCGCGACCCCAAACAUGUCCACACUCAGCCUCAAAAGCAAGACAUAUCAAAGAAGAAUUGGAUUUCAAUGAUACA